GUGAUGAGGGAGGUGCACAGGAAAUGCCCAUCUAUCACCAGGAUUUACAGCAUCGGCAAAAGUUACCGAGGUCUGAAACUCUACGUGCUGGAGAUAUCAGACAAACCCGGAGUCCAUGAGCUGGGAGAGCCGGAGUUUCGGUACGUUGCGGGAAUGCACGGGAAUGAGGUCCUGGGACGGGAUCUCCUGAUCCUCCUGAUGCAGUACCUGUGUCAGCAAUACCUCCAGCAAGAUCCUCGCAUCGUCCAGCUGAUUCACAACACCCGCAUCCACCUCCUCCCCUCCAUGAACCCCGACGGGUACGAAAUCGCACAUCAACUGGGCUCAGAGUUGUGUGGGUGGGCUGCUGGCCGUUUCACUGUGCAGGGCUAUGAUCUCAAUCACAACUUUGCUGACCUGAAUUCCAUAAUGUGGGAUGCACAGGAUGAAGCCGAGGACCUCAGCCUGAUCUCGAAUCAUUUCAUUCCAAUCCCAGCCUAUUACAAAUGGCCGAAUGCAUCGGUUGGUCCUGAAACACGAGCUGUGAUUCACUGGAUGAGGAAGAUCCCGUUUGUGUUGAGUGCGAAUUUCCAUGGUGGUGAGAUGGUGGUGAGUUACCCGUAUGACUUGGCACGUCCCACUGGGAUACCUAAGAAACUGACCCCCACAGCCGAUGACAGUGUCUUCCGCUGGCUGUCGUUUGUCUACGCAACGAGUAACCGAGCGAUGGCUCAGCAGGACAGGCGGGUGUGUCACGGAGAUGACUUCAGGCAGUAUGGAGACAUUAUUAAUGGAGCAAACUGGCACACAGUGGCCGGAAGUAUGAACGACUUCAGUUACCUUCACACCAACUGCUUUGAAGUCACUGUUGAGCUGAGUUGUGAUAAAUACCCUCACCAGAUUGAACUUCAGGCUGAAUGGGAAAAUAACAAAGAGUCCCUGCUGAUCUACAUGGAGCAGGUUCACCGGGGUGUGAAGGGCGUGGUGAGGGAUCGUGAUAACCAUGGCAUCGAGGGAGCCAUCAUUGUCGUCAACGGAAUUGACCAUGACAUAAGGACAGCUGUCGAUGGGGAUUACUGGCGAUUGUUGAAUCCUGGAGAUUAUGAAAUCACAGCGAAAGCAGACGGCUUCUACCCAGAGACACAGACCUGUCGGGUUCCAUAUGAGAGGAGGCCAACUAUCUGUGACUUUGUUCUGACAGCGAGACCACCCACCCAGCUCAGCAGCGAGCAGCAGCCAGUCAGCAGGGGGCAAAUGCGGUGGGUCCGUAAACCCAGACAGAGGAGGCAAAGGCAGUGAGCACUCACACACACUCACAAACUCUCACACACACACACUCACACACACUCACAAACUCUCACACACACUCACAAACUCUCACACACACUCUCACACACACACUCACAAACUCUCACAAACUCACACACACACUCGCAAACUCACACACACACACUCGCAAACUCACACACACACACUCACACUCGCAAACUCUCUCACACACACUCAUACACUCUCGCACACACACUCACACACACUCUUGCAUACUCUCGCACACACACACACUCACACUCAUUCACAAACUCUCACACUCACUUGCACAUACACACUCGCACACAUACACACUUUCGUGCACACACACUCUCCCACUCACACACACUCAUUCAUUCGCACACUCAAUCUCACACUUACUCACACUCUCACACUCACUCAAUGCGCACACACACACACACACACACACACACUCUCCUCAAACACACACACAGAGACUCUCUCUCACACCUCAAGCACACACACACCUCAAACACGCACACUCUCUCUCACACCUCAAACACACACAACACAGAGUAUGCUCUGCUUUGCGAAAGACAGCCGGUAAACUCUCUGAACGGGCAGGAAAUGAGCUUGUCCUCACAACCAAACAGGAAGCUUUUUCACUGUGAACUCUGAGCUCAGUCAGACUGUCACAGCCCAGUGUUUACCUGUGACAGCAACACAAGUGUUCCUCACCCUUUAAUAACGCCCCUGUGCACAGUCCCGUCCCAGUCUUCCUAUCCCUCCACAUUCAGACCCCCCUCAGGCAGUAUCGUCCACAUCCACUGGCUGGGGGUGGCUAUUCAUCUCCGAGUUCAGCCUGGGGCUGUUCCGGAAUGUUCCCUCUGCUCGGCGGCACAUUCCUGGUGUACUCACCACCCCUCCCCCUUCCCCUCUGGAAAUGGUGCUAGGGCAUGUCUCAGUUACCCUGCCAAGGGCUGGGGCAGUUACUGCCCCAUAACGGCCUCAGGUUACCCAUCCCCCUUACACUGGGAGAGAGCGGGGGCAGCAUUCUCAUUCCUCAUUCAUUACUGUCGUAAAGGAAGAAAUGGAAGCAGGAGGAAGCCAUUCAGCCCUUCAAACCUGCUGCACCUGACAUGGCUGAUCAUCCAACUCCUGUUCCUGCUUUUCCCUGUGUCCUUUAGCCCCAUCUCCUUCCCGAAAUAGUACAACGUUUUCCUCGACUGCUUUCUGUGACAGUGGGGACCCCUCUCCCCACCUCCCCACCCCCCAGUCCUGAACUCCCCAGUCAUCGGGAACAUCCCUCCUGCAAUUCCACUGUCCAGUCCUGUGGGAAUUUUCCACAUCUCUGAGAUUGCACCCGUCAUAUUUCUAAAGUCCAGGGAAUAGAGUCCCAACUGAUCCCGUGUCUCCUCAUAAACCUGUCCUGAUAUCGGGAAUCAAUGCCAUGCACCCAACAGCUACACUCCUUCCAUUGGGAGGGAGGAAGAGCCCAAAACUGUGCAGAAUAAUCCAGCUGAAGGCCCCGGUGUAACUCCCUGCUCCUGUACUCACGUCCUGUCAACCUCAAGGCCAACAUCGCCAUGUGCCGCCUUCCCUGGCAGAGACAGCCGCACACUUAGCCCCCUGACCACGGGGCAAGUUGUACCUGCCCACCUCCCAAAAUAUCGCUCUGUAUAUACUCACCUGCCUUCCUGCUCUGGCAGCCCCACUUUUAGCCACGUUAUACAGCAGCUGCUAAGGACUGAUGGAGUCAGUCAGGCAUUCCUCUCGAACACAGCGAGAUCUCUGCAUUACCUUCACUGCUUACCAGCCCACACAGCGCUGUGUGGGGGUCUUUAACCACUUCACACAUUCAAAACAAUUCUCCCAGAAUGCUCCUGUCCUUCAGGGACACCGAUUCAGUUUAUAGUACAACUUGACUUUAUUCACAAAAUAUUCCUGAUUAAAAACAAGUGACCAUA